GGUAUAAUGUGUUCAUGUUCAUGUGGGGUAAUAUGAAGAGGUGCUAGUUUUUAACCAGCCUGCUCAUGCCAGUAUUGAGGGUGGGUAAAGAGUUCAUGGAUGGUUCAGUCUGCAGGAAGUUACAUCAUGGACAGCAUAGAGGAUGCCCUCUUCUGGCCUUGGAAGGGUACUAUGGUUGUAGGAGCAGGGGGAAUUAUGUGGUGGUGAAGAGGGCCGACGGGACUGAAGGACAAACGUACACUCUGUUGUUGUAACAUGGUUUACCCGUGGAGAAGGAAUGUUGGAGGAGACCCUGGGAUGAUCUGAUUUCAGCAGGAUGAACAGUGGAGGACUCUGUGAAGAUGACGUAGACUGACUGGUCAUCUGCACAAAGGCACUAUGGGAAAUGUAGUCCAGUGCUGCUACUCCCUGUCAAAUUACUUAAAAUGCAUUGAAACACCCGCCCAGGGUGGAGAAGAGAGCUCUCCUCUUCUGUCCAGUGAAGGGAGUGAAUAUGACUCACUGACUCUGUUAGACAACCUGGACGAUGAACUGUUCAACAUCUCUGCAGGAGUGACAAACACUGCCAUGGAACAAGAACACCUACUGUUUCCUGAUAUCAUCCUGAGCAGCCACUUUGCAGGAGACGUGACUCUGGUGGAUCCAAUGGUGUGUCUCCUGGUCUCAGAGGAGGAGGAGGAGCAGGCACGUGGUGAUAGCCUGAGAAUAGGACGAGAGAGGAGUGACAGAGGAAGAUAUUUUGAGGCUGAGACACAGACAGAAGAUGAGACCCAGAUUGGGAUGGGGGUACAGACAGAGCCCCAGGCAGAAGUAGAGACACAAACAGAAUUCCUGGAAGAUGAGGCUGAGGAGAGCGUAAUGAGUGCCGAAGCAAAUACGCAAACAAGCUCAGAGAUGAUUCUGGAUUUUUGGGAAGAUCGUGAAAGACUGAGCCAAGUGGGAGUUCAAUUACAGACAGAAGCAGAAAUAUCACCUGGGGUGAAAGGGAAGAAUAAAGCCAUGACUACAUUGGUGCCAGCAGAAAAGUCAAACUUUAGAACCUGGUUUGAUGUGGCACCCUUUACAAAAUCUGAGCUGACACCAAAUUUGGAAAGAAAGAAAGACAGAACCACAGUAGACAACAAAGCAAAACUAGGAGAGCUGAAAGAGAUGCCCAUCCAAGAGGAACCAAUGACCACGUUAAGAAAGCAUACAUUGAAGGAGGUGAACACUAAUGGCAACCAGAACAAAUCAGACUUGCAAAAAAAGUCCACCAUAAUGGAUCUGACUCCAGCUCAGGAAAGCACAGACAUUCCCUGGAUGAAGGGUAGAAUUUUUCAGACAUGGGAGCAUGUCAAAGAGCAAGAAGAAUGCACUGAAACAGAGAGCAGCUCAGUGAUGCUGAUUGAGCACAAUAUAAACAGUGUAGAUGAAAACUUUGCUGUGCUGGAGUCAGAGAACUUUCUGCUGACAAAACAUAACAUCAGCACGGAGACAGUGGAGAACUGUGACAUAACUGAGGCCUGUGCAGACUUGACCAAAAAGAGAAAUGAAAACAAUGAGCAGAUGGCACAGGGAGGUGUGUCAGAUCAGGAUGUCAGUGAAAUAGACGACAUUAUCAUCUGCAAAAAGGCUGAGUUCGAUCUGUCUGGAGAUGAGAGAAAUGAGACAAUGCUCUGCACACCACCCUGAGCCACCUAGUGAAACCUGGAACCUAUGUCAGGAUGCUUUUUGUGGAUUACAGCUCAGCUUUUAAUACCAUCCUGCUGGAUUUGUUAGUCAAAAUGGUGACUGACCUGGACUUUCCACCCUUUACUGGUGACUGGACAAAGGACUUCCUGACCGAGUGUCCACAAACAGUAAAGGUGGGACCCCUCAGUUCCUCCACACUGACACUCAGCACAGGUUCCUUCCAGGGCUGUCUGCUGAGCCCCUUCCUGUAUGCCCUAUAUAUGACUACGUCCCCUCCCACCACUCAAACAUCAUCAAAUUUGCUGAC